AUGCCGUCCUUCCGCCACCCCGCAGUCGCCGUCUCGCACGGCCCCGGUCCGCUGUGGCUGCUCUCGGACGGCCCCGCCGACAUGAUGCGCGAGGCUGCCCCAGCAGCGAAGUUGCUGACUUCUCUCUUCGCGAAGCUCUACCCGAACAACGAGAACCUGCCCAAGCGCAUCCUCUUCGUGUCGGCGCACUUCGAGUCCGACAGCAGCGGCUUCGAGAUCUCCAACGCCGCCAACCCGGACAUGAUCUACGACUACUACGGCUUCCCUCAAGAGGCGUACGACGUCGUGUACCCCGCCAAGGGAGACCCCGCCUUCGCCCAGAAGGUCAAGGAGCAGCUCGAGAAGAACAAUCUCAAGGCCAAACUCGUGAACCGCGGCUUCGACCACGGCACGUUCGUCCCCUUGACGCUGAUCCGCCCGCAAGCCGACAUUCCGGUGGUCACCUUGUCCAUCAACUCGUACCUGAGCAACCAGGACCACUUCGACCUGGGCAAGGCAAUUGCUCCGUUCCGUGACGAGGACACGCUGAUUCUGUGCUCGGGGCAGUCGACGCACAACCUCCGUGGCUUCCACAGUCGCAGUCCUUCCCUGGUCGAAGGCGCUCGGGCGUUCCAAGCGUGGCUCGACGACGCGCUGUCCUCGCAGUCCAAGCUCGAGAUGAAGGAGCGAAUCAAGGCUAUCACCAAUUGGCGCGACGCACCCGGGGCGAGAUUCGCUCACCCGUCACCUGACCACUUCAUGCCGUUCGUCGUUGGAGCUGGAGCUGGAAUGGAAGAGAAGGAGCCAGGCGCUGAACUGCUCUUCGGAGGCUGGGCUAUCGGUCACUUUUCCUUCGCAAACUAUGCGUGGGGACUGCAGCAGUAA